AUGUCUUUCCACAACUCCUGCCGGGACAUCCACCUCGCCUUCGAAAAUGAUAGCACCAUGCUCUGCUGUGUCGCCCGUGACUGUCAGGGCGCGAUCCACCACCGCAAGAUCUGUCUCGACGUGCACAUCGGCAACACCGACGGGUAUCCUCACCGGUCAGGCUGGUUCAUCUGGGGCGGCGAGAACUUCACCGAGUCGGCCCACGAUAUUCGUCUCGAGCACACCGACCGCGGCCCCAAGCUGACCGCCCAGCUGCGCAUGGCCAACGGUGGCUACCGCGAACGUCAGGGCAUCUUCCUGGCGGACAAGAUCGCCAACGAGGAUGGACACUUGAGAUUCUUGGGCCCUUGA